UUUUUUUUUCACUUUCUUUUAAUAUAUUAUGCCUUCACUUGAGAGCUGGGCAGUGGACAAACUAAGUGUAUUUCUUGGGUUUGACCCUGAAACACUUGAGACACAAAUCCUUCCCUUUCUUAUGUCAAGCGACUCGCCUGACAAGUUUGCAGAGCAACUUACGGUACAAGUACACGCUAUAGUCCCGAUAAAAACUUACACCCACUUCUAUCAUGAUAGGAAAUGGUAGGAACAAGCGAAGACGCAUUGGAAUUCAUUCAAGAGUUUACCACACGUCGUUUUCAACCCAAGAAAGCAGCUCCUCAACCUAAAGCCACGCCUCCAAAAACACCACCCAGACAACAAGAAGAGAGCUCUUUUCCUUCUUUACCUAAAAACCAACCAUCGUAUGAAACCAUGUGGCCAGCCAAUAUCAGUGUCCAUCAGAAAAAAGACGACGAGUAUUUCGCUAGUUUGCGUAAAGUCAAGAAAUCUAAAAACAAAUCACAAAAUGCGACCAAAGAAUUAAGAGCCGCAGCAUUCCCUUCUGCAGAACCUACACCCAAAAAGGAAAAGAAGAACAAGUCGAAAGAAAUGUCGUUGGAAGCAGCAUUGAAAGAGCUCGACAUCAAAGCAGAGCAGCCGGGCAAAAAAAGAAAACCAUGUCAGUGUCAAGCAACAAAGCAUCCUUUGUUGACAGCAGCACCUAAUUGUCUUGGCUGUGGCAAAAUUAUCUGUACAGCAGAAGGUGUAGGUCCUUGUACCUUCUGUGGCCUACCUGUCCUAUCGAAAGAGCAACAGGUGGCUUUAAUUGCAGAAGCAAAGCGAAAACGUGCAGAGCAAAAACAACAAAACCAACCAUCUAAACGUGCGCCAAGUGGCCAAUCGCAAAACAUGUCUGCUUAUGCUGUCAAGACAGGUGGGACUGGUAACAGUCUCUAUAACUCGCCUUAUCAAAGUAGCGAUGAUGAAGAUCGCUUAAAGGCAGAAAGACAUAAGGAGAAGUUACUUGAGUUUCAACGUACAAGUGCGCAACGAAGUACAGUCAUUGAUCAAGCAACAGAUUUUGAGUUACCUACAGAUCAAGCGAAUCCAUGGCUCACCCCACAAGAAAGGGCUUUAUUGCUCAAAAAACAACAAUCGAACCUAAAGCGUAUCGAGAGAAAAGGUCAAAGUAGUCGACACAAGGUCAUGACCAUUGAUGUUCAGUCAAAACAAGUGAGAGUGCAAGACGCUGAAUUGUCGUCGUCUUCAGAUGAUGAUGAUCCAGUGGAAAAGAUGGAUUUGUCUCAACAGAAACCGACCAACGAGGGUUCUGCAGGUACUUAUUCUCACAAUCCUUUAUUGAAAGGCAUUACAGCACCCAAAUUUGUCGGAAAAAAGGCCACCAAGAGUAAAGGCCAACUGAGGAGAAAGGAGCGUGUUCAAUAUGAUGUAGACGAUAUUAUGAACGACUAUGCAUUUUCUUCAAGUCUGGCAGAUUUCGAUGAAAUGGAUCUAGUCAAUGAGCCUAUUACUUGCCGUUAAAUAAAAUAGAAUCAUGUUGCAUAUAGAAUAGCUUUUUCUGUCUAAAGAAAGAGGAAAAAACACCCUCUUUUUUUUUCUUUAUGAUACAGUUUUAGUUUGUCAAAG